GUGUACUUUAGUCGUAAUGAAGAACCAAUCGCCGUACUUGCUGAGCGGCGGCCGCGGUUUCUACACAUUGUGUUUAGUGGACCAAAGAAGGGAACAGGAAGAACACCGGUGCCAUUGGAAUAUGUAAGUGCAUAUGGAACGGUUCUCGGCUACUCGGAUGAUGAUACUGAAAUUAUUUGGCAUGAACGUGGGGAUUUGUUUGCCAGUCGUGUUUCACUUUCCGCUAUUGACUCCGCAACGUGUAUUCAUGCCCUGCAGUGUUUACACUGUGCAUGUGUGGUGCCUAAAGAAGAAGUGGUUCCUCAUCUUGAAAAACAUGUGAAGGGACUGGGACGGGCGGCGGGUUGUGGCACCUUUAUUGAU